ACGUAACCCAGGCCCUUCCUUCUCUGUACCUCUGCACACAGGAUCAGCUUGAGCACGGCUGCUAGUUUAUAGUUAUAGCCUGAUAGCCAAAAUAUAAAUUUGCCAUACUUCAUUACCAAUUGCAUGAGAUAAGCAUGAAGACUGUGCAAUGCCUUGUACACUGUGGAUGCGUACGUUAUUGUUGCAAACCCCAGCGGAGCAGCAGUGAAGCGGCGGACAGAAGGGAACCUCUAGAGCGUAGUGAAACAGGUAACAAAAUGACCAGUGCAGUGUAGUCAACAUAAGGGAUAUAUAUAUAUAUAUAUAUAUAGUGUUGGACAGCACAUAAGUGUGGGAGUAGACAAUACUUUAAUAUAUAUAAGUCAAAACCAGCAACACCUGACUGCACCAGCAUGUAAUAUCUCACACUCAGGCAGACACAGUAGAGAUGACAGUGUGGAGAACUUUAUAGUACUAAACAAAAGAGAUUCGGGUGCGCGUCAACAAAGAAAUGAGGACACGCAUAAAAGAGAAGAACAUUGUCGUAAAAAGGAAUUACAUUAAAAGAUCUAUUAAUAAUGAUAAAGAAUACCAUAAAAACUUUAUAAUGUUCUUCAAAACUUUAUAUCAUAUAAAAGGGAUUUUAGUAAAAUUGAUUGUUUAUUAAAAUUUUUAAAUUCUUUAGCAUAGGAGUGAUGGGAUAAAACAUUUCUUCAGUGUAAGGGCAAUAAACACGAGGAACCAACUAAAAGGGCAAACAUAAGCAGUAGGAUAAAUCCACAGUUUUACAAACAUAAUAAACAAAUAUAUAGGGUUCAAGAGUCACUGCAUUAGACGACCGAUAAUUGGGUUAGGCGGGUCCCAAGAGCUGAAACUCGGUCCUGCAAACUCUGUUAGGUAAGAAAUAUCAGGCACAAACUCCCAGGCGCAUGGUAAAUAUGUAAACAUUUACAAUAAUAUUUACAAACAAAACAUUAUCUUUCAACUCUUGUUGAGAAACAAAUUUAUGAUUAUAUAUCAUUUUAGUAUCCGUCUGUUGCUCAGUUCCUGCCUUAUAUUGGCCUGUUCAAUAAGCUGUUCAGUUUACUCAUUAACUAUGUUCUGUUCACUUUGUUCAGUUAAAUGUCUACCUUUCGUAAUCAAUUAAUUUAUCCCUCAUUAGCUGGGUUAGAAUUUCAUAUUUAUUUUUUACCAAUCUCAUGCGUUGACGUCCAUUUUUGACGAGGCUUCGUGUUCCUAUGAAAUUUGAAACUUGUCAUAUUGUCAGUGAAGAAAAUCUUAAAUUUCUCACUAAAUAAGCACGUUGUCAAGCAUGUGAGGAGUUAUCAUGUAGAGUUUAUGAGUGCAUGUUAGGAGUUAUCAUGCAGAGUUUAUGAGUGCAUGUUAUAAGUUAUCAAGCAGAGGUUAUGAGUGCAUGUGAGGAGUUAUCAAGCAGAGUUUAUGAGUGCAUGUGAGGAGUUAUCAAGCAGAGUUUAUGAGUGCAUGUUAUCAGUUAUCAAGCAGAAGUUAUGAGUGCAUGUUAGAAGUUGUAAAGCAGAGGUUACGAGUGCAUGUGAGAAGUUAUUGAGCAGAGUUUAUGAGUGCAUGUUAGGAGUUAUCAAGCAGAGUUUAUGAGUGCAUGUGAGGAGUUAUCAAGCAGAGUUUAUGAGUGCAUAUUAUGAGUUAUCAAGCAGAGUUUAUGAGUGCAUGUGAGGAGUUAUCAAGCAGAGUUUAUGAGUGCAUAUUAUGAGUUAUCAAGCAGAGGUUAUGAGUGCAUGUGAGAAGUUAUUGAGCAGAGUUUAUGAGUGCAUGUUAGGAGUUAUCAAGCAGAGUUUAUGAGUGCGUGUGAGGAGUUAUCAAGCAGAGUUUAUGAGUGCAUAUUAUGAGUUAUCAAGCAGAGUUUAUGAGUGCAUAUUAUGAGUUAUCAAGCAGAGGUUAUGAGUGCAUGUGAGGAGUUAUCAAGCAGAGGUUAUGAGUGCAUGUAAGAAGUUAUCAAGCAGAGGUUAUGAGUGCAUAUUAUGAGUUAUCAAGCAGAGGUUAUGAGUGCAUGUAAGAAGUUAUCAAGCAGAGGUUAUGAGUGCAUGUUAGAAGUUAUCAAGCAGAGGUUAUGAGUGCAUGUGAGGAGUUAUCAUGUUGAGUUUAUGAGUGCAUGUCAGAAGUUAUCAAGCAGAGGUUAUGAGUGCAUGUGAGGAGUUAUCAAGCAGAGGUUAUGAGUGCAUGUGAGGAGUUAUCAUGUAGAGUUUAUGAGUGCAUGUGAGGAGUUAUCAAGCAGAGGUUAUGAGUGCAUGUGAGGAGUUAUCAAGCAGAGGUUAUGAGUGCAUGUGAGAAGUUAUCAAGCAGAGGUUAUGAGUGCAUGUGAGGAGUUAUCAAACAGAGGUUAUGAGUGCAUGUGAGGAGUUAUCAAGCUGAGGCUAUUGAGUGCAUGUCACGAGUCACCAAACAUAUUUACGAGUGCAUGUUAUGAGUCAUCAAGCAAUAGUUAUGAGUGCAUGUAAUGAGUGUAUUUCAGGGUGAUGAUGGUGACCUGUGUCACCAUCACCACCCUCACUAUGUGUCACCACAGCCCGUUCGCGAGCCGUGACACAGCGAGAUGAUCCAGAGGAUGGAACAGUCACGUGACCCUCAGGGUUGACGUUGUAAAGUUGACAUUUACUAUGGCUAACAUUAAGAAUUAAAUAAAUAAAACAUUCUGUAAAAAAUCUUGUGAUGUUACAUAUCCAUUCUUAUAAAAUUCAUGUCAAUAUCGUAAAUAUUAAACUCUUAUACGAGCUACAGCUCCGAUGUUUAGAGAGCAAAAUGGAAAUAUUUAGCCUUAUUGCAUAUUUCGUUUCUGUCCUAUAUACUAACCUGAGCCCCGUCUUUCAGUGGUGACGGUGUCGGCACAGCUCUCACCCGUCUACAACCCGAAUGCCGGAGACGGGGAGCCUGCGGCGCCGCCCCCGUCAGUAGUGGAGGCGACGCCCGUGGUGGCGGUGGGCGCCCCGCCCUCUUCUGGAGUCGCCCUCUCGUCCGGCUUCGCCACCAAGACCGUCUACGGCUUCUUGGACUUCACUACGACCGUCGGCGACACCGUCAUGGUCUUCACGCCGCAGAGUGAGAGUGCUAAAUCCAAGCCGAGCAAGAGCCGGAUAGCGUCUCAGUCAACGCGAACGUCAGUAAGCUCCCGGACAUCUCAGGCCCGACCGCCAAGCAACGCCCCGCCGGUCUCACCGUUCGCGCUCUCACCAACGCCCACGUUACCAAGGCUGAAGGCAACGGCCGCGCCCUCCACACACCUCCCGAAGCCCUCCACCUUCCCUUCCUCCACCCUCGAGUCCUCAUUCUUUGAUCCACACACGACUCUGGCUAUCGAGGAUCUCUUUUCCGUUGCCCCUAAAAUGGAAGUGGUCGAAGCAGUUUUUGCAAUCCCUGGAGACGAAUACCAGUACGAGCAACUGCCUGAAGAGGAGGAGGAAGAAGAGAAAUUGAUAAAGGAAUCCAAUGCUUUCAAACGGCAUUCUCCCUUCCGUCGUCCCCAGGAGACCUCAGACACGACCGGUGCUCGUCGGCGACUUGAUCUUAACUUCUUCGCAAACCGUAAGAAGUCAGAUGUUCCAAGAAGGUCCUUUGGGGGCUCCACGAUCGUGCCCAUCACUGUCGAGGGAACCGGUAGACUAGAGCAGAAAACCAAAGUUAUACCUCAGCUGCCGCAGUCUCCAGUCUUCAUCACAACACCUUCAGAGGUUAUUGUGAGUGCCACUCAAGGCUUCGCCUCACUCAGUAUUAUAGGUCCUUUUACCACGGCUGUCAACAACGAGCUGGGACAAGUCAUCGAGCACUAUGAUUUCCUGUCAUCGGCUCCUACCUUAGACGUUCAAGAGUCCUACGACGUGUUCGAAGUUGAGCCAACUGCCCACGAGGACCUCCGCAGCGCCAGUCUGGUCGAGAACGACGCCAGCUUCCCCACAGGCCUCGUCACCAAGAUAGGAGGCACCAUCAUUUCGGAUGGCCUCACUACUGUACAUGAAACGAGCGUCCUCGGCACCUACAUUGAAGGCCAAUAUGCUCAAGUCCUUCUGAGUACCUCACGUAUUUUCCAAACAUCGGUAUCUUUAAAGUCCAAUGUCAGAAGUUCUUUCCCGUCACUUGACUACGAGACUGUGAAAUCCGUCAUCAAAGGCUCAGCCACACAAUUUAUCACACCAGAGCCCACAUCUGCCCUACCACUCGAGUCCCUCUUCUCUGCGCCAACGGGUAGAAGCCGUGAUAGUCGCAGAAGCGAUGACGAUGCCACCAUUCAGUCACGCAUGAGGUCUGCUUUGACUAAGCGUCGGGGCGCUCAAGACUCUGUGUCUCGCUCUCGUCCCCAGCCUGUGCACGACCCAUACGUGGACGAGGAAGAAGAUCAAGACUUGCAAAGGGCAGGAUCAAACUUGCGUCCAUCCUACAGGUUUCAGCAAUCAAAGACUGUAAAAACACCAGUCGCCAGUACCAUUUAUGCUCAGUCACCGAAGCCGACGACUUUCAGACCACGCUACAAGGCGUCCGCCACCAGGCGCCAAAGUGGUGGCCGCACAAGCACUUUCCGUCCUACACCUUCGAGCAGCAAGCGUCAGGGCAGACCCACAAACCGCUGGCGUCUGGGGACCACCCCAAGACCCAAGGUUAAUGUCAGACGUCCGCUCAGUCCUCCUGACGCGUACGAAAAGGAACAAACUGUUGAGGAAAGUCACACUGAGCCAGUCAUCCAACCAACACCAGAGAAGCCCGACGCAAUAGAGGAGACUCUACGUAUAGUGACCAGCACGCUCGCAGACGGUCCGACCGACGCGUAUUUCGAAGUGGCGACGAUCCGUUCUCUUCACACGUUCCGGGUGGGCACCACCAAGAACACUCGCUUCGUCACCUUCACCAAGACCAUCAGUCACAACAUACCGACCACGCCAGAACCGACCACGCCCGAACCGACGCUUACCCAGGACGAUCUCUACGAGACGCCGCUGUUUGAAAACAUCCUGGACGAUGGCCCCCGCGACGUGUCGACGCUUCCCCCUGUCGACAUCGGGUCCAACGACAUCUCAGCAGUGCUGGAAACAGUAACGGAGACCUUCAGCACCACAGAAAUUAUUAAAAAGACGUCCGUGCUGCCGGUGUUGCAGAACGGAGACACCUUCUACCACACUCUCACUCAGACAUACCACAUUACCCGUGUCGUCACCGCUCUCAAAACUAUGCCGCCCUACGAGGCUUUCUCCUUCAUUCCGGAGAACUCACUCAAUGAGUUCAACGGUCAGUUGUUAGCUGAGGGCACAGAAAAUGACGAAGCGCUGCUGCCAGGUGAAGUCGAGUACGAUGAGAAUGGUGAAAUUGUGGAAAGGAAAAGUGAGACUCGCGUUCGACCACCUCCAGGUUUCUCUCUCCAGGACCCCAAUCUCGCUGAGCUGGCGGGUGGAGAGUUUAACCCUGAUGUCUUUGAGAAACAGUUGCAUCCUCAGCUAGCGGCUGCACUUGAACAGCGCCAGCAGCAACCGCAGCAGCAACCGCAGCAGGAGAGCAGUGCUCCACCUCAGUUGGCGCCAGGGCAACUUCCCGCACCAUUAGGGCCAGCCCUGCCAACCCCAGGGCUGACGCCUGAGCAGCUGCAGCAGCUGGCUUACCUGCGACUCAUGAACCCUUUCCUAUUCGGGGGGUUACCUUCCGUCCAGCCUCAAACGACGAUCACGUCCUCGCCCGUCACCAUCACCACCGACCUCACCACAACCUCCACACGCGUCUUCAGAGUGAUCUUAAACGCGCGACCCAUCAUGACCACCAUCAGCAGCGUGGAGGUCGUCCACACCACCCUUACGACCUACUCUACCACCACCAUCACAGUCACCCCUACUGUCUCUCCGUUUUCCUUUCCCUUCGCCCCAUCUCCAUUCCAAGUUGGGUAAAUCCUCCUCUUCCAGGCAGUCCCUUCCACCUGUCUCACAACAGAUGGAGUGUGAAGUGACCAAUCCUGGCCUCCUCUGUCACUCCUUUCAUCCCGCCGAGUGCUGGUCACUCUGCCUCUACUCUCUACUAACACUUUUCACCCUUAGCCACAGCACAUUUCACCCCUAGCACUUUUCACCCCUAGCCACAGUACCUUUCACCCCUAGCCACAGUACCUUUCACCCCUAGCCACAGCACCUUUCACCCCUAGCCACAGCACCUUUCACCCCUAGCCACAGCACCUUUCACCCCUAGCCACAGCACCUUUCACCCCUAGCCACAGCACCUUUCACCCCUAGCCACAGCACCUUUCACCCCUAGCCACAGCACCUUUCACCCCUAGCCACAGCACCUUUCACCCCUAGCCACAGCACCUUUCACCCCUAGCCACAGCACCUUUCACCACUAACCACAACACCCUCCACUACCUCUUCACCUGUCCCAGCACCCUCCCACCCCUUCCUCAUCAGGUUGCAGCCUCGUGUACUGACGUAUUACUGUCCCAGCCACCGCUCUCACCCUCCCACUGCUCUAGGGUGCAGUAGGAGGGGCCGCCCCGCCAAGAAAAUUAAGAAACUAAAAAGCACAAAAUAGGGGAAACAGCCUAUAUGCCUGCCAAUAGGCGUAAAGGUAGCGUGUGUCCUUGAAUUAACGUAACGUAUCCUAGGCCUAACAUUUAUUAUGCAAGCACUUUAUUAGGCUUAGGAUUCAUCAUAGGCUGUUUGUUUUGUUUGUUUUUUGUAUUUCUUGCAUAUACUUCUGGUUUCCACUUCGGAAAUAGUACAAAAUGUGGACUGUUUUCUAUGUGAAACAGUGCAUGUUGUGUACAUAUGGCUCAGUCGCUACGUACACUGUCACUCUGGUGUCAGAUUGACGAAGCAGUUACGCAAGUACUUACGAACGUGUACAUCUUUCCACAAUCUAUUACGGCUUUGGUUACAUUUAUUAAACAGUUUACAAGAAUGAAAACUUGCCAAUCAACUGUUGCUAUUGUUAUA